UUAGAAGUUGUUCAAGGGAGUGAAAGUGGAAGAAGAAUUCCAUUUAAUCAGUUGUCUUGGUUGCAGAGAGACUUUAAUUCAGUUGGCACCGUCUGUAAACCACAUCCUAAAUGGUCGAUUUAAACAAGACUUAAUUUGUCAGAGGAUAAACAUUUAAGGUGGUUGGUUUGUCCGACUCAGCAAGAACAUCCCAGAGCAUGAAGCUGUUAAAGAGAGAGCAGGCUCGUGUGUGUGUGUGUGUGUGUAGUGGGCGUGGAGAGGGAGAUGGCUCGCUUCCCUGAAGCCGUUGAGCUGAGCGCGUCUGUCAUAUGAGCCCAGUAGGAGAAAAGCGCUCAGACAUCCAAUGGGCCAAUCUCAGCGAGCUUCCUCACUGACUGGAAUCUGUCUGCAGACAGAGCUUCUGGACUGAGUGAUUCCCCGCUCCGAUACACACCUUACUUUUCUAGAAGUAAACUCAAUAGACGCGCACAGACGCAGCGAUGACAGCCGAGUUUAUGUCACUUCGAAGUUACUGAGAUCCGCAUCCUGCUGCGCUGCAUCCGAUCCGACUGACUCUUCUGGGAAGAUACAAAGGAGAUAACAGGAUGAAUUCCGCUUUCAUAGCACUGUUACUUGGAGUGGUUGGGGCUCUGGCCAAUAAGGAGGAUUGUUUGUCGGGCCAGUACACAACCAGCGGAGAAUGCUGUGUGCAGUGCCAGCCCGGUGAGGGCGUCGUCAGACCAUGUGGAGUCACACAGACUGUCUGCGCCCCUUGCCUUGACAGUGAAACCUUCUCAGAAAACUUCAGUCACACAGAGAGAUGUCAGCCCUGCACAGUAUGCACAGGUCUAUUCCGCAUGAAGGCGCCCUGCACAGACUCCAACGACGCCACCUGUGUAUGCAACUAUGGCUACUAUCUGAAUGAAGUCUCACAGCGGUGUGAACCGUGCACCAAAUGUCCUGAAGGCCAGGGCAUGCUGUUCAGUUGUGAAUUUGAUCAUGACACGGUGUGUGAGGAGUGCAGCGGGGACACCUACUCGGACCAGGAAAGUUCUCGGGAGCCCUGCAUCCCCUGCUCCACCUGUGAUGAGGCAGAAGUGUUACAGCCCUGCACCUCUGUCACUGAUACAGUUUGUGAAGUUGUCUACUCUUCAGGGCCUCCCACGCUCUUUACAGGUUACUCCAUUUCCCCCUUUGAUGACUUUUCACCAGACAGCCCCCCACCAGAGGGCCCUACAGAGAGCACCACCACCACCACCACCACCACUAAUGGUGAUUCCCAGGAGAAGCUCUACCAGGGUCUGAAUGACAAACUCAUCCCCAUCUACUGCUCCAUUUUGGCAGCAGUUGUGGUCGGCCUCGUGGCCUUCAUCAUCUUCAAGAGGUGGAACAGCUGUAAGCAGAACAAGCAAGGAGCCAACAACUGCACAGCCAACCAGAACCAGACAACAUCACCUGAGGGAGAGAAGCUGCACAGUGACAGCGGCAUUUCUGUGGACAGCCAAAGUCUGCAGGAGCAGCAGGCCCAGACUCAGGCACAGACAGUUGUCACCAUGGAUGAAGAGCCUUGUUUGCUCCUUCCUCUCCACACCAGAGAGAAAGUGGAGAAGCUGCUGUUCAGAGGCAGCGAAGGAGACGACUGCAACCACAUGGACGACAGUGACUGGUGCAACCUGGCGGGCCUCCUGGGAUACGAGGAGGAGCGUAUUGCGACCUUCCGGCAGGAAGAGCAUCCUGUCCGUGCGCUCCUGACUGACUGGGCGAGCAAAGAUUGCGCCAGCAUCAAUACGCUGUGCACAGCACUGCGCAAGAUCAACCGUGACGACAUUGCCCAGAGUUUGGUGCUGAGCCCAAGUGCUGCAAAGCCGACCGUCACUUCUGUCGUGUGAUUUAAGCUUAACAGUGAGCAAACCUCCUGAUCGUUAACCUUAAUAUCCAUGGCCUCCCUCACUCAAAGUCAUGCUAGAACCGCUUUAAGCUAUUCCCUCAUGAAGCCAGCAGUCACAGUGAUGAUCAAAUAUUAUGAAUCCUGAAGAAUCAUUUCAUGUUUAAUCAAGGGAUAAGACAGGAAGAUGCCAGAAAUUAGACAGAAACUGAAUGAAUAUCAACGUACCUAAUCAAGUCAAUGCAAAGGAAGCCAAAACCUUUCACUUAACAGUCAGGAGGUGCAUAUAAUCAUUUUUUUUUAAAUCCACACAAUGUAAAGAUUUAUGGAGGGAGAUAGUCUAUAAUCAUUCCAUUUUGAGCCUGGAUAUCCACCUGCCUUUCCACACUAUCUGACAUCCAGCUUACCGUCUCCUGUCUUUAUUAACCAUGGAGCAGCAAUGGGCUUUGAACUGAAUUUGUUGUGGAUACCCGGCUCUUUCAUUCCUUCAACUUGAUCCUCUGCACCUUUAUUCUUCAUUCUUAAACAUGCAUAGUCAAUAUGUCCCUUUCGUAUAGUGUUCAUAAGCCAGUGUUGUAUCUCUAAAUGUUUCUUUACAAAUCUAUGUUACCAAAGAGGAGUAAACGUCUCAAGGUCAUACCGGACAAGUGACAUUAUUUACAUGCCAUGUUAAACUUUUUGAAUUUCAGUUGUCAAAUGACUUGUGUCUGUUACCCGAUGAGGCCUGCAUACCACAGAGUAUCUGGACCUUUGCAAAUAUGACAACCUGAGGAAGGAUGCUUGUACGCAAUUCAAAUUAACCUGUUCUCCUUAAGCAAAAACGAAACCUAAGUCCAGCUAUUUACUCUUAUUUUAAAUACUUGUAUUAGAUUCAAGACAUUGAGCUGCAGCACACGUGGAAUUACUCUCAACUUUGGCUUUGUCUUAAGUGAUUUCUGCAGACUCUUCCUUUUUCCGACAAGUGCUAUAAGAACUGCUGGGCUGGACUCUGUGGCGAGGGUCAUUGACCGAGGCAACAUGAGACUCUAUUCUAUGUGCUCGGGCCUAUCUGCAUAACACAGAAGCUCCCACACAGACUCCUUCAUACUGACCCAGAAAAGGGAAGGACGUGGAACUCAAGUCACCCAGUAACAACUAUGUAUACUGUAUAUACAUAGGCACACACCAAAUAGAGACAUACACAUAGACCUACAGUAUGUAACCAUGCAUGCAUGUACUAUACAAACACACACACACACACACACACACACACACACACACACACACACACACACACACACACAAACACAGAUCAUGUGUACAUUUACAUUCUCAUUCAUUAUAGAAGACACGGAAAACUUCAGAUACUGCCAUAUACUGUAUGGAACACUCAUGAGCGGACCAUAUACUGUUUAAUCUCAUCAUUAGUAGCCAAUAUAAGGUAACUCUUGAAAUGCAUAUAAUUUGCAAUGUGUGAUACCUUAACAGUAAACAGCAUGCAGAAACUAGCAACUCAUUGUCAGCCAGUGCACAAAUUCCAAGAAAAACCACAUACAGAAUAAUCAGGAAGAAAAACAAAAAUCCAGGGUUUUCUAUCUUUUUUGCUUAAUUUCUCAGGGUAUCUUGAAUGACUGUGCUACUACAUCAAUAUUAUACAUCAAUAAUACUCUAUAAUUAACUGAACAAUCUGCCGUUGUUCAAGAGGAGACACUGUGUUUGUCUUCUUGCAACUGACAAUCCUUCAAACAGGUAAAUAAGAGAGGGAAACAGUGCCAGAGAAAAAAGAAAAAGGGUGUCUUGUUUCCUCAUUGUUUGCAACAAUGACCUCUGGAUAAAGGUUUUGGAUUACUUACAUGUAAAGGUGAAACACAGGAAUCUGCAUUUGGAUUAAUCAGCUUGUUUAAGUAUAACCGUGCAUUCCUUUCCUCUUGACAGUAUGUGCUUUUUACAUUGUAUUAUGUUGCACCUAUUAGGUUUGAAUUUGUCAAAGUAUACUUCCAAAAUUGUAUUAUGUUGAUAUUAUUAUGCUUCCAACUAAGGACCCCUAGCACCGAUUUGUUUUCUUUUGUCUGUUUGGGGGGAAAUAUUUGAAGGAGCAAUGAGUACUUUGUUAAGUACUUUGUUAAACUUACGUAUUUCACCAACUUCAUCUGUUACUCUUGGGUGCAGAUUGUACAUUGUUACUAACCAUGAGCAUACUGAGCUUCAUGCUGUAGUGUUACUUUAAAUGAAGGUAUUUUCACUCUCUAAGGGUUGUUGUAUUUUAAUUCCCAAAUAACAACUGUAAAUGGUAUUACGUUUCUGUUAUUGUCCUAGAUUGUAGCACUUAAAUGUGUGUGCAUCACAAGUGCCUGCGAACUAUUUCAGGUGUCCGCUGAUGUACAUUUUUGUUUUUAGCUUUUUUUAUAAAUAUAUCUUCUAUAGUUGUUGUUUUUUUUAACUUGUAAAUAAUAUAUCUUUUUCUAGUUUUUAUUUUAGUUAAAGCCUAGAAGGCGCUACUGUACAAUAUCUAUGUGAAUGGGACAUUGUUUCAGUAUCAAUGCUAUCCUAGUUUAAAAUGGUAAGAAGGGCAAAGGGAGGGGAGGUGCCUGUGUGAGGUACUUGGUGCAAUUAACAAGUUAAUCAGGUGUAUUAAUGUAGUUCGUCAUUAAGACUGGACAUGAAUAGGGAACACAAAUUUAAAAUACCUUAAAGACUAAUCAGAAAUGGAAACGCUCCAAUUGUCCAUCUGGAAAAACACCACCUGCCACACUCAGAAAGAAAUACAUUUUAAUACCCUGUACUGUAAGUCAAUCUCUUUGCAGUAUUCAACAUUUUGGUAAAUACACUUAUACACUCUUUAUGCUAGCCUGGCUCUGUCCAACAGCAUAAAUAGUCUGGUGCUCAUAGGCAGAUUUUAUUUCCUUUGGACAGUUGUUUCCCCCUGUUUCCAGUCUUUAUGCUAAGCUAAGCAAACUGGCUGCUGGCUGUGGCUGUAUAUUUAUCAGACAGAUAUGAGACUGGUAUUGAUCUUCUUAUCUAACUCUUGGCAAGAAAGAUAAUAAGUGUAUUUCCCAAAAUGUCAAACUUUUGUCGUAGGCUAAAUUUCGUGACCUGCUUAUUUUAUCUUCAGUCAUUAAUCUGUGAGGUUAAGUUAUUUAGGUUGAACCUGAUCUGCUACUACAGAAAGGCAAACACAAAAUUAGUGUCUAAAUAUGACUUUGCUCUGGUAAAUGAAUACGUUUGUUACUUAUUGGCUAAUGCAGUAAGCAGGAUUGAGGAAACUUGACCCACUGUAGGGCCUCAUCAAUGAAUCAUCAAUAUGCGCCAUUUACACAGAAUGACCUUCCCUGAAAGCCCUUUAUACAUUAUACUAUAGCUUAGUCAACACAUCUUUAGAGUUUGUCCUUCUGUCAGAAACUGUGACUGAAGAUGGAGUUUUUUUCCUUGGACAGUAUUUUUUUAGUUUGAUAGGUUUAAUUGAGUAAUGGUGACUAGACAAUUGCUUGUACAGUAAACCCAAUUGAAGGUGAACAUGUCAUGAUAUUGCACUUGAGAGUAAUAAAGUAAUCACGGAGAUGGGGGUUUGAGGGUGGUGGGGGCAACUAAAAGACUAAAAGUCUUUGGAGGAUAUGUUUUUUUUUGUUGUUUUUUUUUAAAUGGCCUGGUAAUGUAGUGCAUAGUGCACCAGGACUGAAAUGUACAAUCCUGAGAAAUACUGAAUGUUCCUUGUAUACUAAUACAUACUGUAUACUGUACUAUACUUAAUGUGACAAAAUUGCUACAUCAAACAAACAGUAAAACCAAUAAUAAAGCUCAAAUCCAUUCA